GUCAAACGUUUUGCGUGCUGUUGGUUGGCCCCGCCCACUCAGCUGACGUAGAGCGACGGCUCUAUUGGCCAACGGCUGCGGCCGCUUGUCAGGAAGCAGAGACGAGUUCAGUGACUGGAAGAUUUCGUGACAGAAAAUAUCAAAAACACAAGAUGUCAUACGCAGACGACCAACUGUACGACGGUUACGUGCGGCGCAAUUUGGCUAAGCUAGUGACCAAAGUGAAGGUCAGGGAGAUCCUUCCACAUCUGCCGUGCCUGACGGCGCAUGACAGGGAAACAAUCGGGGCCAAACGGGAGAUGGUUAGCAAUCAAGACGCGGUGGUGGAACUGCUGGACUGUUUGAAGAGGAGAGACAACUGGCCGGAUCAGUUCAUCCAAGCUCUGGAAAAGUGUGAGCACCGGGCGAUCGCAGCCGAGAUCCGGGCAGAAUACAGCAAACUGAAAUAUCCCAGACCUGUCUCUCCUCAGACUCCUUUCAGCCCAAACUCUCCUGCCAAUCAUUUUCCUGUCUCAGAAACCGAAGUGAAAAAUCAGCCAGUUGCUCCGUCAGCUCCUUCUGCUCCUGCGGUUCCUUCCUUGGAAUCUGCAGCGACGCCGACUCAACAAGCCGCAGUAACCACUUCCCGUGUCCCUCAGAUGGUGGCGCCCUCGCCCCCGACUCCACGCACACCUGAGACCCGUCAUGAGCAGCCUCCUCCGGCCGCAGUGGAGGAGAUCAGACUUCACCAGGAGCCGGAGGAAAACUCCUUCAUCCAGACUUCAGGACUGUCUCCGGGUCGUGCAACCAGAGAUGAUUCCGUUAAUAAAAUCGAAGGUCCCGCUCCAGUAACCCCAGCCAGAAGUUCAAAUCCAAACCAUAAUAUCACCAAUGUCCCCCAAGAAGUGUCGUUCCUGAUCAGGACUCCUGAGAAACCCCCAGUUCAGGACACCACCCCGCCACUGGAGACCGCCGCCACCGCCACCGCCACCUUUGCACAUCACCCUGUGCCUCCAUCACAGCCUCCUACUGAGAAGGUGCCUGGAGAAACGUCAAGCUCUGCCAAAACAACUGCAACUCCUCAUGGUCUUCCUGCUGAAGAGGCCAGCACCUGCUCUGACACCUCCGUGAGUCUGAGCAAACCCACUCAGCUCUGCAGCAUCCAACCACCGGAGCAAGUCCAUCCCACACCCGGCACAGUGGAGGAGCCGCCCUUCAGCAACCUUGUUAGCCUUCAGAUCAGCGACCACGUGGAGAGCUGUGGUCCUGUGGGCUCCCCCUCACAGAGUCUGCAGGAGAUCGUGGGGCAGGUGGCAGAGGAGCCGUGGAGGCUCAACAUGGCUGGACAAAGCUCGCUCAAACAACCUCUGAAGAUCAGAGAGGUUGAAAAGCCUUCAGGCUCAGAGAUGCCAGCUGCCGACGGUAAGUCCAGUGCCACCAUCUCUUCACAUGAGAAGACCCCUCCUGGCUUACUGACCUCUCAUGGGAAGCACUUGGUGCUUGCUGCUGGCGUGGCAGUCUGUGCACUGCUGGUGGUGUGGCGGGUCAAGCACCAAGGAUGACGCCUCAGGAUGAGCUGAGGGAGUCGUGAUGGGCUGGUGAGGCUUCAUGAAACAGUGUCCUGACGUUCACGGCUCAGUAGGUGGCGCUGUUGAGAAUGAGAAAAUUCUCAUGAAGCCUCAUCAGCUCAUCAUGACCUUAUGGCAACCACUGCAUGGAGAUGCUGCAGCUGCUUCACACUCAACUGUCAUGAAUCACUUGCUCAAAGCCUUGAUGUGUCGUUGCUGAUGAUGUUGGAGCUUCAUUUAUUAAUCUUAAUCUUCACCGUUAAAUGUAGUGAAUCAGCUGAGAAAUGUUCGUGAGCUACACAGGCCACUGGAUCAAGCCAAACACUGACUUUUCUAAGGUGGUACAAGUGUCUGACAGCCGUCAAUCGUGUCCGUUAAGCACCCAGCAGAGUCUUGUGAAAGUGCCUUUGAGUCCGGCGUCAAACUUAAAAGUACGGUCCGUGUGGAGCGUUGCACAACUCCGAUUUGCACUGAUGUGGUGGACCGUUGUUCACCUUCCUGCAACGUGAUGGGUUUUUGUCUGCAAAGUUUGUCCAAGAGGGAAGACAUAUGUUUCAUGAUUCCUGAGCCCUGAUCACCAAAUGGUGUCACGAUGUCCGUUGUUUUUUAAAAUAGUUUUUAUUGAAAAUAAAAUGUGCCCAUUGCUGUUA